CCUCGGCAUUCGGGCGCGUCAGGUUCGGGCUGAUGGCGACGGGAGCGGAGGUGCUGCGGCACAUGGGACCCGACCGUCGAGUGGAACAAGUUGAAGAUAUCACCAAUGCGGCGGCGGCGGCGGCGGAAGAACUUGGGGGAGACGACGAGGAGAUCCUGCGGUUCAUGGACUCGGCGGAUGGCUACCUCCUCCUCAUGGAUUCGCUUUCCGUCGCUCUUCGCCAGGGUUGGCUUGAUCUGGCAAGUGCUCGUCACUCGAUGGGCGCAUCACGUGUUUCGAGUGUGCUGUUUGAUCAUAAGGAGCAAUCUGCAGCCACUAUGCUGCAAGUGGAUUAUUCUGCAGAUUUGCAACCAUCAGAAUCAAAGCCGCAUUUUGCUCUGUCGAAGUGGUGCUUGCAAGAAGAAUCAAGCUCCAGUGGUGUUAUCUGUGUACAAGAUGGUACUAAACCAAAACUAAGGUACCGAGGAUCAGAAGCUACCCCAGGAGAUGGUAGCAGGGAAUCAGAUGCAAGUACUGCAAAGUCUUCUACUGGUGUUGACAUUAGCAACCAGGUUCAAAGUGCAAGAUCAAAGGAAUUGUCAGUCUUCGGAAAGUUGGUGUCUCCAAAACUACGAACAACCCAAGUUUCCUUCGAAACAGCACUUGAACUAAUUGUGGAGCUAGCUAAUUCAAGAUCAACCAUGCUCUCUAGUUUCUCACAGAUAAAGUGCAGAUCAUGAACCGCUUACCUGAUUUGAGCACUUGAACUAAUUGUGGAGCUAGCGAAUUCAAGAUCAACCAUGCUCUCUGGUUUCUCACAGAUAAAGCGCAGAUCAUGAACCGCUUACCUGAUUUGAGGUUCUGUACCCUUGCACACCAUAUAUUCUCGUUGUAGUAUCAGUGAUAUGCAGUCGGCAGCACUUAGAAAAUAUCUUAAUCCUAUUUGAAAUGUUGAUGUACGUGAAUAUGAAAUGGCUACAAGUGCAUGAGAGGCUUGCUUUGCGUCUCA